AACCCAGACAUAGGAAUUGAGGAAGGGGAGCAGCUGAUGUGAAGGCGCAUCGAACCACGUACAGCGCGCUGGUGCGCUUCCGCGCCCGUACGCUCCUCCUAAAUAUAGCGAGACCCGCACAACCCGGCCGCGCCGUGGCCGCCGUUGGCUCAGCCGUGCUCUGGAUUCACCAAGCUGUCGGCUGAACCGCUGACACUGAGGCACUUUCAGCGGCCGGUUUGUUUUUCGUGAACGCACAAUGUAAACGCUCCCGGCGGCGGCUUCCGCCAGUCUGACUGCCGUCUGCUGAAAAUCGCCGGCCUCAGCGCAGAAAAAAAAUAAAAUAAAAAAUAAAUUAAAGGCUUAACCGAAGAAAAUGAGAGGGUCUGUCUGGAGCUAAAGAGGAACAGCCUGUAACAACAUGCAUGGAGUUUACACCAUGAAGGCAUUCAUUAUCCUACUGCUUGUGGGACUUGUCCUGGCAGUGGAGGCAAAAAAGCAUCACACAGCAAAGCAUGUAAAGAAACACUUCUCAAAGAAGCCCAAGGAUGUCGUCGAUAUUGUUGCUGAAGAUGAGAAGGCCAGCAUUUUGAAAGACAAGAGUGCAGAACUGGAUGCUGAACGUGUCCUGAAGGAUCCCUGCAGCAAGGUUCGGUGUGGCCCUGGCAGGGAGUGCGUCAUUAAUGAAGACAUGACUGCCACGUGCGAGUGUGUCACCAAGUGCCAACCUGAGACUGAUCCAAGGCGAAAGGUCUGCAGUAACCACAACCAGACGUGGGACAGCGACUGUGAGCUCUACCAAAUGCGCUGCCUGUGCGAGGAUGAAAAGGAAGGCUGCAAGGGAGAAAAGUAUGAGCAUGUCCAUGUCGACUAUUAUGGAGCCUGCCGAGAUCUGCCCAAGUGUGCGGAUGAGGAAAUGGAAGACUUCCCACGCCGCAUGCGUGAGUGGCUUUUCAACGUGAUGCAAGAUCUGGCCAGGAGGCAUGAGCUGAACGAGCCCUACAAAAAACUUGAAGAAGAAGCCGAGAGCCUGCAGAGCCGCCAGUGGGUCAACGCCGUCAUCUGGAAGUUCUGUGAACUUGACAGCCACCCCUAUGACCGGGCUGUUUCGAGGCACGAACUCUUUCCCCUCCGUGCUCCUCUCCUAUCCAUGGAGCACUGCAUCGCUCCAUUCCUGAAUGGGUGCGACAAGAACGAUGACCACACCAUCACCCUCAAGGAGUGGGGAGAGUGCCUGGGCCUUGAAGAUGGUGAAAUCCAGGACAGGUGUGCUCAGAUUACUGCCUAGUGCCUUCCAUCUAGCCCAAACAACAGAUGCUGCACCAGUGCCUCGCCAGGAUCACAAAGCAUUUCACAAAUGUACACUGCCAUUUUAUAUAUUCUAUGGACACACUGCGGUCAAUGCACAAUGCAUUUGCUUUACCAGCUCUUGUUUGGCAAAGAACAAUUUUUUAAAAGACUA